UUUUUUUUUCUUCUUUUUUUAUUUUUUUAAAAAAAAAAACCCCCCGUUUUGCUUCUGGUAUGACGCUAAGAACCGUACCUAGUAAGCUCUUGGAUGCUGUAGUAGGGCGGUGAGCGACUGGAUUUAUGUCAGUGAACUCUGACCACGGUCCGUAAGUUUCACUCAACAUCACAUCAAAAAACAACAAUUUUGAAAUAUAUCUGAAUUUUCCCCAAAUUUUGUUACUUUUUUCUUUUUUUCGACGGAUUUAGUUAUCUAAAAUCAUGGAUAUUCAACAACCGCUUCCCACGUCCGAUCUCUCCGAUCUCUCCGACCUCUCCGACCUUUUUGACUCUACGCCUACAGUAUCGGAAGCUGGGGAUGAGCCGGAGUCCGAAGACGAGCCGGGAAAUAAUAACGACCCGGAGCCGAAUCGACACGGAAAUAUCGUUUCUAUGACCCUUGCCUUUUGGAGAAGAAACUGGCGUUAUCGAUAUAGCUUUGAAGCGUUCCUCAAGGAAUGGCUCCUGGGAACGUCAGACAAGGGCCGAUUAUGGGCUAAAAUAAAGCUACCUGUGCUACGUAGCGUGCUAAAAGAUCCUGCUGUACGAGAGAGAUUAAAAGCUGCCGGCAUCGAAAUACGGUUCGACGACGAAGAAUACGAUAUCGCCGAUGCCAAGGCUUUCCGCCGGGAGCUCUCUGCGCUAUCGACCGAGCCCGCGUAUGGGAACUUCGAGCCCGAGUCCUUCGGCAUACCCUUCGACAACCCUAGCAACGUAAAAGACGUAGGCUCAUCGGGGUCCAUUGACACGGCCAUUGGAGAUUCCUGGACCCAACUGGUGCGCAAAUCGCCUAAGCUCGCCGCUUUUAUAACAGGCACUUUCCAUCCAAGAGGCAAGCCUCCUGUACAAACCGAUACCCCCUCCUCCUCCUCCUCCGACACUUUCCUAUACCCAAGGAGGGCUUAUAUGAUUGUCGCCUUAAUGUUAAAUGGGGUGGCGCCCAGACAAAGCGAGUUUUUGCCAACGUGUAUAGGUAUAUACAUGCGUAAUAACGGCGUGCCUCGCCGGGUAAUCGAAACGCUUGCGCGAUUCGGCGUGUGCUCGGGGUACGAUGCUCUAAGAAGACACAUGAAAACGAUGGCCGAGCGGUCACGAGUAGGUAUAGAGCCUAGUACUGCUACGAUAGCAAGCGUAGCAAGUAAUGUCACGUAGGUAAAUAGAUAUAAGCAUUAGGCGCGUCGCGCGUAAAACAUCCAAAUUGGUAUUCUGAAGUAGUCAUGGUCCAGGUGUCUCCGACAGCUCUCCUUUCAGCCCUUUCAUUAAUAGACACAACUAGAAAGGAGGAAGUGAAUAUACACUACGGUAAUGCUUUUAUGAGAAAGGGAAGUUGACUCUUAUUACUCUAACUUUAGAAUACUACCUAGCAUCAUCAUCAUCAUCAUCAUCAUCAUCAUCAUCAUCAUCAUCAUCAUCAUCAUC